AUGCCGAGGUCAACCCCAGCUCCCGACACGUUUCCUCCGGCAGGCCCGGGGGAGGGCCGUGGGCGCGGGGACAGCGCUGGGGUGGGACGGCGCGGGCGGCGGGGCCAGCCUGAGCCGGGGCCAGCCUGAGCCGGGGCCGAGCGCUGCCACAGCCGCCGGGCAGCCUGCGCCCCUCGGCCCGCCGCGCCGCGCCGCGCCGCCAGGAUGAGGCGGGCCGAGCCCUGGUGCCUGCUUCUGGCCGCGGCCUGCGCCCUGGGCCGGCCCCCGCCGCCGCGGGCCGCCGUGCGCUGCCAGGCCGCCGGCGCCUGCUUCAGCGCCCAUCUCGCCAACGGCUCCUACGCCGAGGCCCGCAGCGCCUGCGGCCGCCGGCGGGGCAGCCUGGCCUGGGUCAGCGGCGAGCCGGAGCUGCGGCUGCUGCUGGGGCUGCUGGCGGAGGCGGGACCCGCGCCCUCGCUCUUCUGGGUCGGGCUGAAGAGGAACGCCUCCGCCUGCACCGACGCGGAGCAGCCGCUCCGCGGCUUCUCCUGGGAGAGUGCCGGCGGCGGGGCGGCCCCGCGGGACGUGCCGGCGGCGCUCGGCCGGUGGGUGAAGGAGCCCGUGCGGUCCUGCCUGACCGCCCGCUGCGCCGGGCUGCACCUGGCGGCGGCGGCGGCCCCUGGCAGCGGCCCCGGCUGGGGCUGGAAGGAGCGGCUCUGCCAGCGGGAGAGCCAGGGCUACGUCUGCAAGUACCAGUACGAGGGCGCCUGCCCUGACCUCAGCCCCGCGGGCGCCCUCGACCUCGACUACCGCCUCCCCUUCGAGGAGCGCAGCGCCCGCCCCGGCUUCAGCCCGCCGGGCACCGUGCUCACCGUGGCCUGCCCCGGCGGGGAGGUGCAGCUCACCUGCCAGCCCCAGCAGGGCGGCUUCGCCUGGAAGGGGGCAGAGGAGCCCCUCUGUCCCUGCCCCUUCAGCUACCGGAGCCCCGGCCGCGGGCGGUGCGCCGAAGCCGCCGGGUGCCGCGAUGCCGCCGGCGGCUUCGCCUGUGUCUGCACUCCGGGCAGGCGGGACGGGACGCCCUGCGCGGCCACAGGGGCGGCCGCCACCACCGCGGACGGCGCCGCGGAACCGCCGGGUACCGGGGCGGAGGGGCGCCGCCCCUCCGCCCCGGCACCCGGCGGUUCCGCGGAGCCGGCCGCCGCCACCACCGCCGGCGGCGAGAAGACGGCUGCUCCGCCGCCCUCCUCCUCCUCGAACUACGUUUUCAUCCUGGUGACGGUCGCGGUGGUGGUGCUGGUCAUCCUGGUCAUGACCGUCCUGGGGGUCUUCAAGCUCUGCUUCAACAAGAAAUCCGAGGGCCGCGGGGACAAGGAGCCGCCGGAGGCCGGCAGCAAGGCGGAGCCGGGCUCCGCGGAGCCGAGCGGAGCAGCGGGCGGCGACUAG